AACAUCCUCUUUUCCAGCCGCCAUAUUGUUUGACUCUUGACGGUGCUACGUCGAUACUCGAAAUUGCAUUGUGUCUUUUCACUCUUUGAAAUGUUUCGAAGCUAGGAGUUAAUCACGAAAUUGCAUUAUUAUUGGAUAAGCAGAUAAGAUGCUCGUGUUGUCUUUUAUGCUAAUUAAUUGAUGCUGAAGUUUUUCGGAGAGAAUAUUCGCAGUCCAACGGAAAAUGGAGGAUCCAGAAGCCAGGAGGAUGGCGGGGGAGAGGGUGAUGAGUAUCGCAUCAAGUCUUGGAUCUAUGAGUCAGGUGGAAACCUCGGUGCGAGAGGCUAUCCAAGACUCCAACAAGAUGCUAUGCUCAGCCACCCCCUUGACACCAAACGGAAAGAGACGUCAGAUGAUUAAGAUGUUGACACUGACCCUGAUGCCUAUCAUUGUCCUGACAGCCUUGGCCAUCUCCGAUCUUAUAGCUACUUUAAAGAAGAGCGUGGACGCCAGUGAGAUCCGAAGGAACGUUCGCUUCAGUCGACAGGUUGGCACCCUUGUUCACAGUCUACAAAUGGAGAGGGAUAUGACCGCUCUUUACAUCAGCUCUUUGAUGCAACAGAAGACAGCAGCGACCGGACCUGAACGAAAGAUCUUUCUUAUCAAUACCUACCCGCUAACUGACGAAGUUUUGGAGAGUUUGGACGAUUGGCCAGUCAAAGGAACCAUGGCCUACCAACAGUUCCAGAACAAAGAAGCCCUGAUGUCCUACCUCUUCGAAUACCGCCUGACCCUCGACAUCCAUAACACCACAAUCUACGAAGUCAUCCACUUCUACACCGAUGCAAUCCAGCUCUUUAUUGACUGGCUCUACGAGAGCGUCGGGAAGUCUGGUGGUCAGGGUCUGUGGGAGACACUGGUGGCCUAUCAGCUCUUGAUCGUGGGGAUGGAACAGACUGGUAUUGAGCGAACGUUAGGGGCGGUGUUCUACACGCAGGGUGGUUUCAAUCGGUUGACGGAUUAUCGCUGGUACAUGGAGAAGAUGCAGGUUGGUCAGUCGAAUAUUUGGGCAUCUCAGAAGUACUCUCAGCUCGUCCGAAUGAUACUCGAAGACUCGAUCGAGAACUCCGACCACGACUUCCACUUCCAGAACACGAUAACGGAGAUGCGAGCAAUCAUAUCCUACAACAACGCGACUAGAGAACCAUCCUGGCAAGAGGGACAAUGGUGGUUCGACAACAUGACCAUCUACAUUGAUAUCCUCAGGGAUAUCCAGAAGAACAUGGCAGAGGUAAUACUAAAUGAACUAAACUCUGCUGUGACCACCGACAACGCUGAUCUCGCCGUCAGCAUCAGUAUCAUGGUCCUGGUUGUGUUCCUUUGCGUCAUCAUCAUCAAGGCGGUCGAAUCACUCACCUCCAACAUGCAGAACUACGUUCUUACUCUGGCUGACCAAACCAAAGCGCUUCACAAAGAACGGAAGCGGACAGAUACGUUGCUUUAUCAAAUGUUGCCGAUUUCGGUUGCCGAAAAUCUGAAGCGUAACCAGGUCGUCCACGCCGAAAACUUCGCAGCGGCCACGAUUCUGUUUUCGGAUAUAGUCGGGUUUACUCGGAUCUGCUCGGAAAGUUCUCCGCUGCAGGUGGUGGAUAUGUUGAACAACGUUUACACAAACUUUGAUAGUAGAAUUGACACCUACAAUGUGUACAAAGUCGAGACGAUCGGAGAUGCAUACAUGGUAGUAUCAGGUGUACCACAGCGUAACGGGAACAAACACGCGAGUGAGAUAGCUUUGAUGGCCCUGGAUCUCCUGAACUGUAUCAAAGGUCUUGUGAUCCCACAUCGUCCUGGUACCAAGAUGACCCUAAGGAUUGGAAUACAUACUGGGCCAGUUGUAGCUGGUAUCGUCGGAUCCAAAAUGCCAAGGUACUGUCUUUUUGGUGAGACCGUCAAUAUCGCAUCAAAGAUGGAGUCGAAUGGAUUACCAAAUCGAAUUCAGAUUAGUGAUGAUUGUCAUCGUAUUCUCAAGAUAACGGGCGGAUACACUAUGGUUCGCCGAGGCGAGGUGCUACUGACGGACAAAGGUACGAUGACGACCUAUUGGUUGACAGGUCGAGUCGCGAUCGCGGGGACCAUCGGAUCUUCUAGCUCCAGUGAGGAGAAUGUCCAGGAGGACCAGCCCGACGGUGACGCCCACAGUGACUGUGAUUUGACGCUGAACGUCCCCGAAGAUCCUCCACCACCCAUAGGCAUUCUUGACUACUAGGGAGAUAUCAUUCAGGACCCUCUAACAUAAAGCUUAGCGAUUGAUUAUGAGGCUGGUUUCUAUAAUUGAUUGCAUUGACAAUUGUGUAUGAUCAAUUUAAAAAAUAAACCUCAUAAUCAAUUGCUACAUUUUGUGUUACGGGGCACCGACAUGGGAAUAGGAGUAGGAUGAGGGCGGGAAAAUUAUUAUGCAGUGGGAUGAAAAAAGGGUGUUGAGAGCAGUCAUUGGAUGAGAGGAGUGAGCAAUAGGGUGUAAGAGGAAAGAGAGAGGAAGGAAGAUGAAAAGUGGAAAUGAGAGAGAGGGGAUUGGGUGAAAGAAAAGGGGGUGUGAGGAAACCAGAGAGGGGGAGAUUUGGGGAGAGAAAGUGUGUGAGAGAUAGAGAGAGUAAGAGAAGGGAAGGAUGGCGGGACAUUGCCACAGCUAGAAAAGGGAACAAAAGGACGGAUAAUAAACUUCUGAUUUUACAGCGCUUAUUCCUUUUAAUUUUGUAGAUUGAAAUUUCUAUUAAAAAGUACCAAAAUUGACAAUAAAUGGGAGGGUUACGUUCAACUUACAUUACUGUACAUAAUUAUCUAAUAUUUUGCAUAUUACAAAUUUUAGUGAGACAAUGACAAAGUAGUAGACACUGCAUUGUAUCGAAGGCCUAUGAGGUAUCGAUUUGAUGGUAUGUCACAGGUUAUUUGUUGCACCCUCUCUUUUUGUUUUAAAAUGAUUACCGCAAUCUUGAAGGGAUGGAGUAUCGAUUAAAUGGCAAGUCCACCCCAACAAAAACUUGAUUUGAAUAAAAAGAGAAAAAUUCAACAAGCAUAACACU